GUUGAACAGCGUGUAUCAGCUGCUGCGGUGUGUAUCGCUCGCAACGUUCUUGAUACGUGUCCGUCCCGUGCGCGGUGUCCGGUGUUUGCUGCUGGCCGCAACGCUGGCGUAUCACGAAUCUAUGGGGAUUGUCUGCCGUCGCGCCGUCUCGCUGGGAUCUCUCUGUGUGCUCGCGUAAGGCGCCCGGUGCGCCUUCCCGUCACGAACAAGCAUGUGUCGGGCACGACUGUUACUCCACUUUCUGGCCCUUAGCCUCCUCCCCUUCGCCCAUACCGACGAGCACACUCACAUCUACGAGGACGGCGACGAAGUUGUAUUAUGGAUGAGCACGGUGGGGCCGUAUCACAAUCGUCAGGAGACGUACUCCUAUUAUUCCUUACCCUUUUGUACGGGCACCAAGGAUGUCAUCAAUCACUAUCACGAGACCCUCUCGGAAGCUCUUCAAGGGAUAGAGUUGAAGUUCAGUGGCUUAGAUAUCGAAUUCAAAGAGGAUAUGACAAAAACGGAGUACUGUCAGACAAGUUUAAAUGAAGAAAGCCAGAAGGCUUUUGUGUACGCAGUGAAGAAUCAGUAUUGGUAUCAAAUGUACAUUGACGACUUGCCAAUAUGGGGUGUUGUGGGAGAACCUGAAGAGAAUAACGGAAUUAUUUCCUAUCAUAUCUGGACGCAUAAAAAGUUUGAUAUAGGUUACAAUGGUAAACAGAUAGUGGACGUCAAUCUGACCAGUGAGAACAAAGUAAAGUUGGCGCAGGGUACGCAUAUUUCUUUCAGCUAUGAAGUCAAUUGGAAGAAGAGCAACGUCAAAUUCGAGGACAGAUUCGACAAGUAUCUGGAUCCUAACUUCUUUCAACACAGAAUACACUGGUUCAGCAUCUUCAACAGUUUUAUGAUGGUGAUCUUCCUGGUUGGACUGGUAUCGAUGAUAUUGAUGCGUACCUUGAGGAAGGAUUACGCCAGGUACAGUAGGGACGAAGAAAUGGAUGACAUGGAGAGAGAUUUGGGCGACGAGUACGGGUGGAAGCAGGUGCACGGAGACGUAUUUAGGCCUGCGAGCCACGCCAUGCUUUUCUCGGCUCUUAUAGGCGCGGGCUAUCAGGUCACGGUGGUUGUGCUGAGUGUAAUUAUUUUCGCUAUUCUGGGGGAACUCUACACGGAACGCGGCUCGAUGCUGUCGACAGCGAUAUUCGUGUACGCCGCGACGUCGCCUAUCAACGGUUACGCCGGCGGCGGACUGUACGCACGGAUGGGCGGACGCGUGUGGAUCAAGCAGAUGAUCCUCAGCGCCUUCAUGUUACCGCUGCUGGUGUGCGGCACGGCCUUCUUCAUCAAUUUCAUCGCCAUGUAUUACCACGCCAGCAGAGCGAUACCGUUCGGAUCCAUGGUCGCGGUCACGUGCAUCUGUAUAUUCGUGAUCUUACCGCUGACACUGGUAGGUACGAUUCUGGGGCGAAAUCUCGCCGGGACACCGGACGCCCCGUGCCGAGUGAACGCAGUGCCACGUCCGAUACCUGAGAAAAAAUGGUUCAUGGAACCGUUGGUGAUCAUCAUGCUGGGUGGCAUUUUGCCUUUUGGCUCGAUCUUCAUUGAAAUGUACUUCAUCUUUACCUCAUUCUGGGCAUACAAGAUCUACUAUGUCUACGGCUUUAUGUUACUAGUGUUUGUUAUUCUCAUGAUAGUGACGGUGUGCGUCACCAUUGUAUGUACAUAUUUCCUGCUGAACGCCGAAGACUAUCGAUGGCAGUGGACGAGCUUCCUCGCCGCAGCUUCGACGGCAGGUUACGUUUACAUUUACUCGUUUUACUACUUCUUCUUCAAAACCAAAAUGUACGGUCUCUUCCAAACGGCAUUUUACUUCGGUUACAUGGCGUUGUUCAGCUUGGCCCUGGGUAUCAUGUGCGGAACGGUCGGAUACAUCGGUACUAACGCUUUCGUGCGGAAGAUAUAUUCCACAGUCAAGAUAGAUUAAAGAGAGGAGCAGCACACAUCGCAACGACGCAUGUCGUCAUCAUUUACAUUGCGGAGCCCACGUGAGAUUCCCCCGUGCAGCGUGGUGCUCACUGCAUAGGACGACUCUGCCGGGAGGGAAUUCAUCUCGGGCAGUGAUGAUCAUGCCGCUCGUGCGGGAUUCUCGUGUACAGCCCGGCUCAUCGUCGACUUAAUUUACGCGACCACAUCGUAGGAGCGGCAUCAUCACGCGUACACGCCGCUCUCCGUGCGUUCCUCGAACGUAUUAUUACUCUUCCAACGAAACUCACGCCGUCGCGCGAUUACGAUCCGUUCGAAUGACGAUGUUCUCGUUUUCGCUGUUCGUCCGUUAAUUUCCUUUCCUUUCUCGCUCCGUCUGUCUGUCGGGGCGAAUAAAAAUGUGCUGUAAACGGGUCCUACCGUACUAGUAUGCGCGCAGUAUCGCGAGAGAACACACACACACACCACACACACACACAGUCGUCUGUCAAUAAUAAAAUAAUAAUUGUAAGUGUUAGUCGAAGUCCCAUACGAGUCCGAGCGGUUGUAACGAACGAACACUUCGCGAUCGUGCAAAUUUCAGAUCAUCGGGCGCCGCGCGCGUGUAUCUUGUCGCAAUAUUUUUUAUCUUGGGCACUGGCACGCGCUGCCAAGUGGAGUUGACAAAUUUGUAAUGGUCGAUGGUUCGAUAUACAUUACGAGUUCCUUCGAAUUUUGCACGAUUGCGAUUGUUUCUCGCGUGUACAUGAACAUAUAUAUAUAUAUAUAUAUAUAUAUAUAUUAUAUAUAUAUAUAUAUAUAUAUCCGGUGUGUCUCGCCUUGUGAAUCGCUUGAGAAACGCCAUGUAAAAUUGAAGGAACCGUCGUAUGCGAGAAGAUUUACGGAGUUUCCACACUCUCUUGUAUGCUUUCUAGCUAAAUAAAAUUUAGUACGAGCGGUAAAGCGCAACGACGUUUACGUUAUACAUAUACAUACAUACAUAUAUAUAUAUAUACAUAUAAUAUAAUACGAGGCAAGAUAAGUCUUUUUUUUCCUCCAGUUCGCGAAGAGACAGAGAGAGAGAGAGAGAGAGAGAGAGAGAGAGACGCGAGGUAAAAAAACUUCACGAUGCCGAGAGUUCUAACGGAUGGUUCGGGAUUAAAUUAGAGAGACGCGCUACAAUGACAAUGUAUUAUAAUUUAUUAACGGUAUAGUUUUGUAAGGAUCCCUUUCGUUGACACGCGUUGACUUGUGCGUUUCGGCGUAACGAUGACGAGACUCGUGAGUUCCAAUUUUACUUUUUGGGCUACUUUGCGGCCGUUCCGUCGCAGAGAAACUCUCGUCGCUGCGCUGAGUGAUGGAUCGCAGUAAAAAGAGACAGAAAGGCGCCGUGUGCAGAAGCUGUGUCGCGCAUCACGAUCUCCUCUCGUUUUGUAUUUCCGUUGUUACUGUACUUCGAUGAAGCGCCGUCGUUAAAACGAAACCGAGUCUCGGCCGCGAUCGCGACGAGGACGAGCGAGUCCUCAAUCGUGAUUCCUUGACCGCUGGCGGGUAAUCAUCCGUACGUACGUGUGUGUGUAUAUCAGUCGCCGUCGAAAAGCGAGGGAAGUAAAUGAUACCGUGACAAUUGAGAGAACGUACUUGGAUAUUCGCGAGAAACACGAUGACGACGAGAGUAUUGUGUCUCAGUGGUUUUACCGGAUAACUAUUGUCGAUGGGAGUCUUCGAAAAAAAUAAACGAUUUGUUGUUAGAUGUAGCGAUUCUAAAAAAAAUAUAUAUAUAAAAUUUCUACGUA